UCGAUCUUCAAAACUGUCAGUAUGAGGCUCUUUUUGAAGGCGUUCCUCGCAGCUUCUGCAGUCGCAGCUGUCGGCGCUGUUGACGUUGCCGUCAAAUCUGAUGGCGGUAACCAGACUGGCAAAUUUGGUCACCCCUACGGCUACGGCUUUCUCCACGAGGACAUAAACAACUCGGGCGAUGGUGGCAUCUACGCUGAGUUGAUUCAGAACCGUGCGUUCCAGUACAGCAGGGCUUUCCCGGUCUCCACGGCUCACUAUUUCCCCAUAAACGGUGCUAGCCUUACUAUCAACAAUGGCAGUGGGCCCCUCUCCACGGCUCUGCCCGCGUCCAUGAAGGUCGCCGCUGGCAACAGCAGUGUUGGCAAGGUUGGCUUCGAGAACGAGGGGUACUGGGGCAUGGAUGUCAGGUCUCACAAGUACACCGGAUCGUUCUGGGUCAAGGGUGCUUACAUUGGCGCAUUCACAGCUUCGCUGCAGUCGAACCUGACUGACGACGUUUUUGGCUCCGUCGAGGUCGAGUCGAAGUCUGUUGCCUCUGAGUGGACCGAGCACACAUUUGAGCUUACCCCCGAAAAGGAUGCUCCUAACUCGAACAACACCUUUGCUAUCACCUUCGACCCCAAGGGCACCCAGAGCGGAUCUCUCGACUUCAACCUCAUCAGCCUGUUCCCCCCUACAUAUAAGGACCGCAAGAAUGGUCUCCGCGUUGAUAUCGCCGAGGCUCUUGCUCAGAUGAACCCCCACUUCCUUCGUUUUCCGGGCGGUAACAUGCUUGAGGGUCUUGAUAACGGCACCUACUGGGACUGGAAGGAUACCCUUGGUCCGCUCAAGGAGCGUCCAGGCUUCCAGGGUGUCUGGGGCUAUCAGCAAACUCACGGUCUUGGUAUGAUGGAGUACCUCGAGUGGGCUGAGGACAUGGACCUCCAGAUCGUUAUUGGCGUCUGGGCUGGCCUCGCUCUCAACGGCGAUGUCACCCCUAAGGAGGAUCUCCAGCCUUUCAUUGACGACGCCCUGAACGAAAUUGAAUUCAUCCGCGGCUCAGUCGACACCGAGUGGGGUGCUAAGCGCGCUGCUCUCGGCCACCCAGAGCCUUUCGAGCUGAACUACGUCGAGAUCGGUAACGAGGACUGGCUCGCCGGUUUCCCCGGAGGAUGGGAUUCUUACAAGGCGUAUCGUUUCAUCAUGUUCCACGACGCCAUCAAGGCCAAGUACCCCGAGAUCCAGGUCAUCGGCUCUGCUGCCACCAGUGACCCUGCCCCCGAAGGUGCCACCACCGGCCCUAAUCUGACAGACGGUAUCAAGUACCCCGCCGAUGCCAUUGGUGACUACCACCCCUACCGCGAGCCCGAUGAGCUAGUUGAGGAGUUUGACCGCUUCGACAAUGACAUCGGUCACAUCAUUGGUGAAGUCGCGGCAACCCACGUCAACGGCGCCACUCCUCCCCGCUGGAGUGGUCCUCUCUACAAGUACCCCUGGUGGAUCGGCGCCGUUGGUGAAGCUGUCUCCCUCAUUGGGUACGAGCGCAACUCUGACCGCAUCCCCGGUACCUUCUACGCCCCCGUUCUAAAGAACGAGAACCGUUUCCAGUGGCCUAUCACCCUGAUUCAGUUCACUGCCGACGCUAAUCAGACGACCCGUGCCGUCACGUGGUACUGCUGGAGCCUGUUCGCGCACCACCCCAUCUCACACACUCUUCCCACGACCUCCAACUCCAGCUACGGCCCCGUCUACUGGGGUGCCGGAAAGGACGAGGCCCGUAAUGGCGCGCUCGUCUGGAAGGGCGCUGUCUACAACACCACCGAUAACGCCUCGGUUCCUAUCACCGUCCAGUUCGAGGGUGUCCAGGCUGGUGCUAAGGCGCAGCUGACCUACCUGACUAACUCUGUGGGCGACCCAUAUGCUUAUAACGACCCUCGAACUGGUGUUCAAAUUGUUGACACUACCACUAAGGAGUUGACUGCAGAUGCCAAUGGUGCUUUCGAGUUUAGCUUGCCGCAAUUGAGUGUUGCUGUUCUGGACACUGGGGUUGCUGUUGGAGGCUCUACCCGAUACAAGAAGGCCAAGAGGAUGCCAAUUCCUAGAUUUCAGAGGCGGUGGUAGCGAGCAGACUGUCUGUAGAUGUCGAUCAGAC